CCUCGGUCGUUGUCUGCCGACGAAAGGACUUCGCGACGAAGUAAAUAAACAGCAAACAAGAUGAACACUGUGGAGAAGAAGCUGGCGGAUUUAAUCCGUGAACACCCGAAUCUGUACGACCAGACACGGCGGGACUACAAAGACAACCUGAAGGGGCAUCUGUCGUGGAGGGACAUCGCAGACAACAUGGGGAAGUCGGAGGAGGAGGUGAAGCUCAAGUGGAAAAACCUACGUGACAAGUUCUGUAAGGCGAAGAAGCGAAUGGCCAAGAGAAACUUCCCUCAGCUAACAGACGAGGAGAACCCGGUGGAGAGGCCCGUCCCGGUGCUGUACAACCAGCUGGCCUGGCUCAGCGCAUAUGUCAAACCCAGGGUCGACACUAGCACAGGGGAGACCGACGAGGUAGCUGGAAGCGGUGAUGACAUAGAGAAAGAGCGAGAUAAAGACGAGAAGGAGCAGCACUGUCCCAUGCCUGUCGUUAGUACGAGCUAUUCUCUCGCGGAGUCCUGUUCAAACAACCAUCAGGAGAUGGGAGUCUCUCUUAAACGCAGAAGGCAAACCACCACGGACACUGAGAUAAGCUCUGCAGAUGGACUCACCAACCUCAGAGAUGAAGAUGAACUGUUUCUGCUCAGCCUUCUGCCUUCACUGAAGAGACUGACCAUUAAAAAAAGGAUGGAGGUACGGAUGAAAUUCCAGCAAGUGCUCUACGCUGCAGAGUUUGAGGACUAAAGGGCUGGUGUUAGAGCCUGUUAUUCUCUGUAAUUCCAUGUUGUCAGAGUUUUUUAUUUAUCAAGAGCUUUAUCUCUGAAUUUGCAGACAGAGAAAAGUCUCUCAUUUUGAAUGUAGGUGAUGGAGACACCCUUUAUUUACUAGUCAUACCAUUAAAGUAAACAUUGAGUUGUUAAUCAGGUACACAUGCAGUAAAAUCUAAUGCAGUCAAAUCCAACAGCCCUGUAACUCCCUCCUGCUGGGCAGCGUGUGUGCAUGUGUACCUGUUUAACCUGGUUAUGCAAUGAGCAUUUGUUUGGAGCCACUGGUUGAUUAACUUCCCUAUCGAAAAAUAACACACCAAUGCCACAAUUAAACAAUUUUAGAAUAUUAUGAUGUAUGACUGUAACAACAAUACAUAGGAGGCUUUAUGUAUUGUAUACAUAAAGUUUCUUAAAUUUGGCAUGAUGUGAAUCAAGACAGUGGAAUCCCUCAUACAGUGUGAAAAACAGAAAAUCACCAAGACAACCUGCCAGCAAAUGCCAGGCAUUUCCCAGUUGUUUUACCCUUGUCUCUCCCGCGCAUCCUUCCCCAACUUCAAUGCCAGCAUUAGAGUCCGAAAAACGAGUGUACACCUACACAGAAAGCAAAGGUACUGUGGUGCCUAAACACAGUAACAAAACACCAAUCAUACAAGUCAAAUGAGGGAGUGGGAGACCUAUUCUUUGCAAUGUUGCAAAAGUGAUCCUUACCCUAAGUAAAUUAAAUUUAAAUAUCAGUCCAAGACACAUUAAAAAAGUCCUAAAUAUAACUUUUCUUUGAGGCUCUGUAUGCAACAUUCAGAACACGAGAGUGAAAGCCCACCCCAGAUUCACUCUUCUUUGGCGUGUCGCCUUACUAUAUGUGUUAGCACCGUUAGCUAGAUGCCGGCUCCGCCCCUUUAAACUGUAGGAAACUGUGAAUUCCAUCCAAGUCAGUGAAUCUGCACAUCAAUGCUGCCAGCUUCUUUUCAGAUUAUUUGUGUAGAUUAGACAGCUCUCUGACUGUACAUACAUAUCUCUCCUUUAUCUUUCUGAAAGGAGUCAUUUCUACUGUAUAUAUUUUUUUACAAAUAAAUAUUU